CAACUGACAACCCCUGCCCAUCAAGUUAAGCAUCCAUAAGGCAGCUUAGUGCACUGGCUGGCUGGAGAUGGGAGCGUACAAGCCACUGGAUCCCCACAUCCUGAAACCAUCGAGCACCAAUCGUGGAUAUUUCCUGUCCAAACCCAUCUGCACAUGGCUCGCCUGCGGCUUCCUCUGCCUGGCCGCCCUCCACCUCCUCUGCUGCUCUCCCGCCGGCACUCGACAGGCGGUGUUCUCUCCUCUGCGCCAGUACAUCAACAACACUUACUCCUUCGUCUCAUCAGUGCCGGAACAAGGGAAGAGCUGCAACUAUUCGGAGGGGAGGUGGGUGUGGGCGCCGGGCCACGCGCGGCGGUACAACGGCACCGAGUGCAACGUGAAGAAGAGCCACGACUGCAUCCGCAACGGACGGACCGACACGCGCUACCUCGACUGGCGGUGGCAGCCGGCGGGGUGCCCCCUGCCGGCGUUCGACGCCAAUGCGUUUCUCUCGGCUGUGCGCGGCAAGCAUGUGGCCUUCAUCGGCGACUCGAUGGCGCGGAACCAGGCCCAGUCCCUCGCCUGCCUCCUCACCGCCGCGUUCCCGUACCGCCUCGUGUACCGGGAUCCCGGCCGGAACAAGUACAACUUCUGGCGCUUGGCGUUCCCGACGCACGACGUGACGGUCUCCUAUUACUGGAACCCGUUCCUCGUCAGGGCCACAGGCAAGGCGGAGGACGACAGCAUCCGCUACAACUAUGUGCACCUCGACGAGCCCGGUGACCGGUGGGGGGCUGACGCCGACACGAUUGACGUGGCAGUGCUCUCCGCCAGUCACUGGUUGCUGAACGGGGGCGUCUACUACAACGGCAGCGAGGUGAUCGGCGCCCAUAAUGCCGGGGAGCUCAACCACACUGGCGUCGGCUAUGCGUGGCCGCUCCGGAUGGCGUACCGGACGGCGGUGCAGCGGCUGAGCUCCGGCCGGCCCCGGACCGUGGUGCUAGCCACCUUCUCGCCGUCUCACUUUGAAGGCAGCACGGCGUUCAACGCCACGGCGUGCACGAAGAAGGAGCCGUACAAGGAGGGGGAGAGGGAUCUGGGAUGGAUCGAUAAGGAGAUGAGGGACAUCGUCUACGACGAGGCGAAGGCCGCGAAGGCGAGGAGUGGUGACGGCAGCGCGGUGAGCAUCGAGGUGCUGGACGUGACGACUCUGGCGGCGAUGCGGCCGGACGGGCAUCCUAGCGUGUACAUGAUCCGCGACCCGUUCGCAAACGGCGCCCAGGAGAAGAUGAUGUCCGACUGCCUCCACUUCUGCCUGCCCGGGCCGGUCGACACCUUCAACGAGAUAUUGCUGCAGCUCCUGAGGAAGAGGCGGUGAGAUUAGAGACCGCAGUUCCUUGGCGUGGCAUGCAUGCAUGCUGCACAACUCGUAGACCGUCGGUUCUUGUGGCACGCUAGCUUUGCCUUGUGGGUCGUGGUCGUGGAUGCAUACGUCCACGGUCCACCUGCACCGCCCAGAUUAGAUCGUGCGGAUACAAGUUAUCGUUGAUUUUUUUUUCUUUUUCAUAUGCUUGUGUUAUGUAUAUUUGUACUUGGAAAG